AUGAAGCUCUCACGCCUCCUGCAAUUGCCAGUCCUGCUGGCGGCCUCGACGCUCGCCCCGGCCGUCCUCGCCGAGCACACCAGCAACUGGGCUGUCCUAGUCUGCACCUCGCGCUUCUGGUUCAACUACCGCCACCUCGCAAACGUCCUCUCCAUCUACCGCACCGUCAAGCGCCUCGGCAUCCCCGACUCGCAGAUCAUCCUCAUGCUGCCCGACGACAUGGCCUGCAACCCGCGCAACGCCUUCCCGGGCACCGUCUACAGCAACUCAGACCGGGCCGUCGACCUGUACGGCGACAACAUCGAGGUCGACUAUCGCGGCUACGAGGUCACCGUCGAGAACUUCAUCCGCCUGCUGACCGACCGCGUCGGCGACGAGAUGCCGCGCAGCAAGCGCCUGCUGACGGACGACCGGAGCAACAUCCUGGUGUACAUGACGGGCCACGGCGGAAACGAGUUUUUGAAGUUCCAGGACGCCGAGGAGAUUGGCGCCUUCGACUUGGCCGAUGCGUUUGAGCAGAUGUGGGAGAAGAAGAGAUACCACGAGAUCCUCUUCAUGAUCGACACAUGCCAGGCCAACACAAUGUACAGCAAGCUCUACUCCCCCAACAUCAUCGCGACCGGCUCCUCCGAGCUCGACCAGUCCUCCUACUCCCACCACGCCGACAACGACGUCGGCGUCGCCGUCAUCGACCGCUACACCUACUACAACCUCGAGUUCCUCGAGUCGCAGGUCCAGGACCUCAGCUCCAAGAAGACGGUAGGCGAGCUCUUCGACAGCUACACCUACGAGAAGAUCCACUCCAAUGCCGGCGUGCGCUACGACCUCUUUCCCGGCGGCGCCGACGCCGCCCGCAGCCGCCGCAUCACCGACUUCUUCGGCAACGUGCAGAACGUCGAGGUCGACGGCGCGAAGAACAUGGUGCUGGACGAGGAGCUGCUGGAGCUCAGCCAGAAGAUCGCCGCGCUGAAGAAGAGGGCCGAGGAGGCGGACGCCGCGGCGAGGAACGCGACGCUGGCGGAGAAGGCUGCGCGCGGCGAGGAGCAGAAGGCGAAGGCGCAAGCGAAGAGGGUGCAGAUGGCGAAGCCGCUGACGAACGACAACUGGUGGGAGAAGAAGCUGGUCGGUGCUACGGCGUUGCUUGGAUGCGCGAUGCUGUGGGCUCUCGGGUCGUUCUUGGAGGCGCCCAAGACGUCGGAGGAUGACGCUAAGAAGACAAGCGGCCAGAACGGCCAUGCAGCGGUCAAGGCAUAA